ACUUGAAAGACGGAAUCCACGCGAAUGCCGUCUGUAAAGCAUGUAAACAUCCUGUGAUUCUUGAUAUUAGGCAAGUUAGCGACUUGCAAUGGAGCUAUUCGGAAGCAAUUUUGAUGACUCUGUAUUUUUGGAGGCGAAAGACAGAAGCUCCGUCUCAGUUUCUUCUUAUAAUGCGAAAACAUGCGAGCCGGAGUGGUUUGGCGAAAGUGCUGCUCUAGACACUGAAGAUUCUUUGGAGAAGCAGAAAAUCUUCAAGUUUAGAGGUGACCUUGCAACGUGGAAGGGAAAGUACCAGGCAGCCCUGGAUGCCUACAGCAGUUGCCUGGAGUGGGUCUCGGACAACAACUUGUCAAUCAGAAGAGAUAUUUUGGAAGGAAUGGCUCGAUGUUGCACCAAGCUUGGCCAGAGAGACAGAGCGAUGGCCUUAGUUGAUCUGCUAAGCAAAGAGGCCUCCAACACAUGUCAUCUGACCAGCCUGUUGCUGCUCAAGGUCACAGUCUACCAACAUUUCGGACUUGUGGGACCCUUGAUGUCGUCUCUGCAGGAGCUGUGUAGUCUGCUGCCUUUUAACCCCUGGAAUUGGCACAACCUGGGGAAGAUGUGUAUGCAUCGAUUGGAGCACGGCACAACCUUGAAGGCUGAAAGCAUUGAACCUGAUGCGCAACAUGAGGACUUUUCCAAGGAGAGACUGUGGCUGAAGGCCUGCAUGUGUUUCAUCAGGAUGAAACUCCUGCUAACAAUCCUACAACAACAGCAGUCGUCGUUUGUUCUGCGACGCAACCACAUUGCCAUCCAAACAGCAGAGGAAGCAUUAGCGCAUCUUCAUCCCAAUCAAACUACUCUGCUCAACCUCACUGAGGUAAUGUCAGAAGACCUGAAUCCUGAGAAGAUGAGGGAGGACUACCAAGACGGAAUGAGUCUGUCUAGUAUUUGUUUGCAGACUUUCCAAGAGCGCUGGUGGGACAAGAUCCUACUGAGUGGGGUUCUAGAGGCUGACAGAUGUGGCAGGCUGAGUGACUCCAAGUCGUGAGGUCCACAUACCUUGACGCCUAUAGGAAGAGACAAAUAUAUCUGGACGAAUAAGUUUGUUUUUGUAACAGCCACUUACCAAAGAAAGAACACGUGAUGAAAGCGGCAUGUUUUUUUAUUGUUAUGUAAUGUUGCCUGAAUAUACAGUGGGGAGAACAAGUAUUUGAUACACUGCCGAUUUUGCUGGUUUUUCCACUUGAAAGCCAUGUAGAGGUCUGUAAUUUGUAUCAUAAGUUCUCUUCAACUGUGAGGGACUGAAUCGAAUACAAAAAUCCAGAAAAUCACAUUGUAUAAUUUUUAAAUAAUAAAUUUGUAUUUAACUGCAUGGAAUAAGUAUUUGAUACAUUACCACCUAGUUAAUAUUUCGGCUCUUAGUUCUUUUUUAAGAACCCCGCCUGUUCUCCACUCAUUACCGGAAGUAACUGCACCUGUUUGAACUUGUUAGUUACCUGUAUAAAAGACACGUGUUCACAUGCUCAAGCAAACAAACUCCAACCUCUCCACAAUGGCCAAAACCAAAGAGCUGUGUAAGGACAUCAGGGAUAAAAUAAUAGAACUGCACAAGGCUGGGAUGGGCUACAGGAAAAUAAGCAAGCAGCUUUGUGAGAAGGUAACUACUGUUGGAGCGAUUAUUAGAAAAUGGAAGAAGUUCAAGUUGACGGUCAAUCUGCCUCGUUCUGGGGCUCCAUGCAAGAUCUCACCUCGUGGGGCAUCACUGGCAUGGCAAGGCAAGGCAAAUUUAUUUAUAUAGCACAAUUCAACACAAGGCAAUUCAAAGUGCUUUACAUCACAUGAAGACCAUAAAAAUCACAUUUAAAUCAACACAACGUAAAAACCAAGACAAAAGAUUGCAUUUAAUUACAGAUUAAAAAUAAAUAAAAAUAAAACAAAAAUAAAAAUGAAGCAAAUACUACUACUAAUAAUCAUUGAAAUCAACAAUAGAGAUAAGCACAAGAGGAAUAGAAGGCAGGUAGAUUGAAAUAUAUAGAGAGUUAUGGAUAUGCAGUGCUAAACAAAAGCGUUUUUAGCCCUGAUUUAAAGGAGCUAACAGUUUGAGCAUACUUCAGACGUUCGGGUAACUUGUUCCAGAGGUGAGGAGCAUAAUAACUAAAUGCUGCCUCACCCUGCUUGGUUCUUGUUCUUGGAACAUGCAGAAGACCCGUUCCAGAUGACCUUAGGGGUCUAGAUGUCUCAUAGGAAUCUAACAAGUCAAGCAUGUAUUUUGGUCCAAGGCCAUUAAGUGUUUUGUAGACGAGCAGUAGUAUUUUAUAGUCUAUCCUUUGACUCACUGGAAGCCAGUGUAGCGAUUUCAAAACCGGUGUAAUGUGGUCCAGCUUCCUUGUAUUUGUGAGGACUCUGGCUGCAGCAUUCUGUACUAGCUGCAGCUUCCUGACUGAUUUUUUAUCAAGACCUGUAAAUAUACCGUUGCAGUAGUCCAAUCUGCUGAAAAUGAAUGCAUGCAUAAGUUUUUCCAUGUCUUGUUGAGUCAGAACCCCCUUCAUCACUGAUCAUGAGGAAGGUGAGGGAUCAGCCCAGAACUACAUGGCAGGACCUGGUCAAUGACCUGAAGAGAGCUGGAACCACAGUCACAAAGAAAACCAUCGGAAACACAUUACGCCGUCAUGGAUUAAAACGCAAGGUCCCGCUGCUGAAGCCAGUGCAUGUCCAGACACAUCUGAAGUUUGCCACUGACCAUCUGGAUGAUCCAGAGGAGCAAUGGGAGAAGGUCAUGUGGUCGGAUUAGACCAAAAUUGAACUUUUUGGUCUAAACUCAGCUCGUCGUGUUUGGAGGAAAAAGAAGGAUGAGUACAACCCCAAGAACACCAUCCCAAGCGUGAAACAUGGAGGAGGAAACAUUUUUUGGGGCUACUUCUCUGCCAAGGGUACAGGACGACUGCACCGUAUUGAGGGGAGGAUGGAUGGGGCUAUGUAUCGCCAGAUCUUGGCUGACAACCUCCUUCCUUCAGUGAGAGCCCUGAAGAUGGGUCGUGGCUGGGUCUUCCAACAUGACAACGACCCAAAGCACACUGCCAAGGCAACUAAAGAGUGGCUCCGUAAGAAGCAUCUUAAGGUCCUGGGGUGGCCUAGCCAGUCACCAGAUCUGAACCCGAUAGAAAAUCUAUGGAGGGAGCUGAAAGUCCGUGUUGCCCGGCAGCAGCCCCGAAACCUGAAGGCUCUGGAGAAGAUUUGCAUGGAGGAGUGGGCCAAAAUCCCUGCUGCAGUGUGUGCAAACCUUGUCAAGGACUACAGGAAACGUUUGGUAUCUGUAAUAGCAAACAAAGGGUUCUGUACCAAAUAUUAAGUUCGAUUUUUGUGAUGUAUCAAAUAUUUAUUUCAUGCAAUUAAAUGCAAAUUUAUUAUUUAAAAAUCAUACAACGUGAUUUUCUGUUUUUUUUGUAUUGGAUUCAGUCCCUCACAGUUGAAGAGAACUUAUGAUACAAAUUACAGACCUCUACAUGCUUUGCCAGUGGGAAAACCAGCAAAAUCGGCAGUGUAUCAAAUACAGUGCCUUGCAAAAGUAUUCGGCCCCCUUGAACCUUGCAACCUUUUGCCACAUUUCAGGCUUCAAACAUAAAGAUAUAAAAUUUUAAUUUUUUGUCAAGAAUCAACAAGUGGGACACAAUCGUGAAGUGGAACAACAUUUAUUGGAUAAUUUAAACUUUUUUAACAAAAAACUGAAAAGUGGGGCGUGCAAUAUUAUUCGCCCCCCUUGCGUUAAUACUUUGUAGCGCCACCUUUUGCUCCAAUUACAGCUGCAAAUCGCUUGGGGUAUGUUUCUAUCAGUUUUGCACAUCGAGAGACUGACAUUCUUGCCCAUUCUUCCUUGCAAAACAGCUCGAGCUCAGUGAGGUUGGAUGGAGAGUGUUUGUGAACAGCAGUCCAGCUCUUUCCACAGAUUCUCGAUUGGAUUCAGGUCUGGACUUUGACUUGGCCAUUCUAACACCUGGAUACGUUUAUUUUUGAACCAUUCCAUUGUAGAUUUGGCUUUAUGUUUUGGAUCAUUGUCCUGUUGGAAGAUAAAUCUCCGUCCCAGUCUCAGGUCUUGUGCAGAUACCAACAGGUUUUCUUCCAGAAUGUUCCUGUAUUUGGCUGCAUCCAUCUUCCCGUCAAUUUGAACCAUCUUCCCUGUCCCUGCUGAAGAAAAUCAGGCCCAAACCUUGUUUGACAGUGGGGAUGGUGUGUUCAGGGUGAUGAGCUGUGUUGCUUUUACGCCAAACAUAUCGUUUUGCAUUGUGGCCAAAAAGUUCAAUUUUGGUUUCAUCUGACCAGAGCACCUUCUUCCACAUGUUUGGUGUGUCUCCCAGGUGGCUUGUGGCAAACUUUAAACGAGACUUUUUAUGGAUAUCUUUGAGAAAUGGCUUUCUUCUUGCCACUCUUCCAUAAAGGCCAGAUUUGUGCAGUGUACGACUGAUUGUUGUCCUAUGGACAGACUCUCCCACCUCAGCUGUAGAUCUCUGCAGUUCAUCCAGAGUGAUCAUGGGCCUCUUGGCUGCAUCUCUGAUCAGUUUUCUCCUUGUUUGAGAAGAAAGUUUAGAAGGACGGCCGGGUCUUGGUAGAUUUGCAGUGGUCUGAUGCUCCUUCCAUUUCAAUAUGAUGGCUUGCACAGUGCUCCUUGAGAUGUUUAAAGCUUGGGAAAUCUUUUUGUAUCCAAAUCCGGCUUUAAACUUCUCCACAACAGUAUCUCGGACCUGCCUGGUGUGUUCCUUGGUUUUCAUAAUGCUCUCUGCACUUUAAACAGAACCCUGAGACUAUCACAGAGCAGGUGCAUUUAUACGGAGACUUGAUUACACACAGGUGGAUUCUAUUUAUCAUCAUCGGUCAUUUAGGACAACAUUGGAUCAUUCAGAGAUCCUCACUGAACUUCUGGAGUGAGUUUGCUACACUGAAAGUAAAGGGGCCGAAUAAUAUUGCACGCCCCACUUUUC